AUGAACUCUCUCUGGCCAUCCCGAGCUUCAAGUGAAGGCAAUGCGGCUGCGAAUCCUCCCACCACCGACGUGACAGACACCGGCGUGCCGGAUGCUGGGCUAAGCAAGGGCGAUCAGCAACAACAGGUGGCAUCCGUUCGCCCCUUGCUGCAGCGUAAUGCUCAGCCGCAGACUCCUCCUGCCUUUCCUCCGCCGCCCUCGGAUCCUCCGCCUCCACCAAGCGCAACUACUCCCUUACAGCCGCCCACAGACUCGCUGUCUCUGGCUCAGCUGAGGCGUCUUGUUGCCGACUUCCCCCACGCUGAGGCCGCUGCCUACGACUUCGACUACCAAGACACCGCACCGAUCGAGGAGGAGAUUGACGAGUGGUUCGUCUACCAAUUCUGGCAGUGGGUGCGUCUCAACGGGGUACAGCGUGCCUUUGAGUGGCAAUGGCUUAACAGCCACGGGCAAGACACAACUUGGGAGGACGUUGAUGACGAUGUGAGGAGGGCGUUUGUGUCGGACGGGUUGUCAGGGCUGUCGUCGGAGACCUCCAAGGAACGGUCUGCAAACGUCGCCAGGCUGGUCUACAUCACGCUUGGGAGAUGGACCAGUACCGCUGGCGGUGAUAAGCCGGCAGCUGGGACGGAGAAGAGGCCAAAAUGCGUGGCUACGCCUUCUCAACUCGAGGCGAUGAAGGCUGGGGUGCGGCUCAUUGCAGACGUCGGGGGUGUUCAGAUUAUUUUCGACGCUCUCAAGAAAGCGUUUGAGCCUUUUUGGCCCGAGGAAGCACAGCACUCUCAACCGAACAGUAUGCAAGAAGCAUUGGAUGAGCUCAUGAAUUUGAUGACAAUUAUGUACAUGAUUAUACAAGAGGUUUUGGCAAAUCCUGACGAACUGAAAGACGUCGAAACACAGCUUCUCGCCCUGAAUCCAAGUGUGGUAGACUUCUUCGCAGAAGUCACAGGCAAACUGCGUUGGGAUGAGGCCCAGAUCGUGCCUCAAGCUCAGGUGUUCCUGUUACUGUGGAAAUCGAUCCUGCUCGUCUUUGGCGGAUCUGAAGAGCUGGCCGAGACGAAGCGGGCUACGAGAGAAAACCCAUCAGACGACAAAGAUGACAGAGAUGUCAUCACAGCCUCUCCGUUGGAUUAUCAUGUCUUCCGCCAGGAGAUAACAUCCAAGUACCCAGCUUACAUACCACCUCAGCCAGCCAUUCCCUUGGAAGCGGAGAAUACCUCUCUUCUUCCACCUUUGCCGAGUCAACAAGCCCGUAACAACGGCGCUCAAGGCAUUCUGCCCCCUCAACCAGGCACACAAGCCGGAGGUGCUUCCAUUCUUCACCAACCCGUACACAUAGCGACCCCUGCUCCCUCACCUCCGCCUUCGCCGGGUGUUGGCGGCAAAGGUGUCAAGAAGCAGAAUUACCAGACAAACCAGAACUUUCCUUUCAUGUACCCGCCCUUGGACGAGUCUAGUAACAGCCUAGGUGGCAAGGGCAACACCGCCUUACAGGACUUGCUUGUUACUCGGAAAUGGGAAGGUGGCGAUGUCCCGGCUUCAAUUCUCGAGGCCGGCGAACUGUUCUCCAAACGUGUGAGGAUGACGCGCGCGGCGAGACAGCUCUGGCAGGAGCGCGAGAGAUUCAUCAAGUUCGAACGCGGUUGGGAUGAAUCCACAAAUGACAUACUAGACGAGCUUGACCUCUCGUCUCUGACACUGGAAGAGAAGGAAGAGUUGGGCUUGGUGAAGCCAAAGAAGCCCGAACCUGAGGAAAUCGAGGUCGAUUAUGGCCCCAACAAAGACCUGGACGCUAGGACGAAACAGCGUCUAGAUGCUGUUGAACGAUUCUACGCCAACUCUCUUCCCAUCUUGCAAUCGAUAUCUAUGACUUUAAUCAAGUCCAUCAUAGCACACUGGACGGUCGUAAUGACACAGCAACCACAGGGCUCAUUUGGGAUGCAGGGUCAAAACAACGCGAGGCCCAACGGCAACGGGCGAGGCCAAGAAGGCCCAAACGGCACCAAUGGGACUGGAAGCGGUGAUGACAGUGAGCCCUCGCCGGAGGAAUUGGACGCGGCAAGGACUCGCGAGAUCACUCAAAAGGCAGUCAGCGCCAUCAUGCUAUUGCUAUUGAAAUGGUUCAAGCUGUCGCACGUCCUCAAGUUCGAAUAUCUAGCGCAGCUACUUUUGGAUUGUAAUUACAUGCCUUUGGUACUGAAGCUGUUCCUGCACCAGGAUGUCCAACAAGUCAUUGAAAGCAAAGCGGACCGAAUCGAGAAUAGCUUCUUCUACUUCUGUAAUGUUCGAGCUGGGGCCCCAGAGAAGUCUGCACAGCAGGAAGUGGAAGCACCAGCCGCUCAGGAGGAGAGUGAAGACGAUGCGGCGCCACCGCCCAUCAAGCGGCGCCGCUCGCCAACACAAGAGGCUGCCUCUGGGGAGUCAUCCGGCGCAUCCCAGCAGAAUGAGAACGGUCCGCCUGUCAGACCAGAGGUGGACGAGCUCGGUUACCCGGUCAACCCGCUACCGGCUGAGCCGAUCACGGACUUCUCGAGGCGCAACUUCUUCACACUCAUCAACUACCUGCGGGUGAUGCAGAAGAUCUGCAAGCACAAGGCGCACCGCAACCUGCUGCUGGUGCACUACAAGUCGUCCAACGUUUUGCGCAAGAACCUACGGAUCCCGCAGGACCGGCUGCGGCUGUACACGCUCAAGCUUUUCAAAAACCAGGUCCCCUACUGCAGCCGCAAGUGGCGGCAGUCCAACAUGCGGGUCAUCACGGCCAUCUACCUGUACUGCCGGCCGGAGCUGCGCGACGAGUGGCUGGCAGGGGCGGACAUCGACGCCGAGAUGGACGAGGCGCUCCCCCUCGAGCAGGCGCUGCGCAGCCUCACGCACUGGUUCAACGUCCGGCGCUACCCGGACCGCAUGGCGCCUGAGGUGCGCGACGCCCUGCGCGAGGAGCACGACUUCUUCUCGCGCGAGCUCGAGCGCCUCGAGGUCAGCUGGGACGACAUGGGCGCCGCCGAGAGCGUCAACGGCGAGUGGGAGGAGAUCCCCGGGUGGGGCUGA